AUGGUUAUCCCUUUAAACGAUGAAAUCGUUUCGCUAGAACACGAGACUGAAGAAUUUCAAAAGACGCUGCGUCAACUUCCAGGACUUCCUGAAGUUCGGCUUUUUGUUAGGGCUGCGUUCUACAAUCGAGAUCAACCUGCCGCGGAUGUUUUUGGUCAGCAGUGGCUCAUGGUGUUUCACUUUAUGUCGGAACAAGGUCUUAUCAAACUCCGGCUUGUACCCGUGAGUUUCGACAACGAACCCGAAGAUUACAAAUACCUGCACGCUUCAAGACGCCUUCCAGCGGCACUCCUCCCCGACUUCCAACUAGCUGCCUCAACCACCGACGAACUAGAAUCUCUUUUGAGAAAGUUUCAGCACCCUGACAUGAAACUCCCCUUUGAAUCGGAGGAGGUGGCGACUGCAGAACUCGCCUUUCUAGACAUCUACAAGAGCAUGUUCCAGUUUGCCCGAAAUAACACGGAGCGGCCAUUACUGAGCGCUCUCCAAAAUCUGGAAGACUACUUGGAAACCCGAAACACUCGAUUUCUUCUGGGUGACUCUCUUUCAUUUGCGGAUUGUGUGCUGAUGCCCAGGUUGCAGCAUAUGCGUGUAGUUUUGCGUGCCGUUAAGAACUGGGACAUUCCUGUAACAUUUCCAAGGGUAUGGAAGUAUGUGAGGGCUAUGUACGAGGAACCCACAUUCACCGCUUGCUGUCCUCUAGACCGUGACAUUCUGAUGCACUACAAAGAGAAUAAGGCGCUUCAAAUUUCAAUGCCUACCAAAAAGGCUAUGGGGGACGCGCUCCGUACUUGUCCGCCUGGGUUAAAGGUGUGA